AUCUGGCAAACUGACCACAGCCACACCGUCAGACUACAGACAGCAAAUUUAUACGAAAUUCCGCCCCGAAUCGGGAAUUUCAUCGCAUUUUGAUGCCGAAAUAUUGGCCGGAAAGUACCAUCCAUGGACUUCCAUCUCUGAUGUUCGCGUUUGAGAGCUGAUAAUGAUGAAGAUGAAGCUGCGAGCGGCGGGAGGCGAAAAUCACCGAUGCGACUUGAAUUCCGUUAACGGAUCCGAUCGGGAGAGCGGCACCGGAGCGGCUCAGCUCGACAAGGAGGCGGUGUUCGAGUGGUUCGGCUUACAGCUGAACCCGUCCGGACGCGUGGAGCUGCUUUGCGGGCUGCUGCAUAUGUGUCAGCCGCUGGAGCUACGCUUCCUCGGCGCCUGUCUGGAGGAUCUGGCCCGGAGAGAUUUCACCGUCCUGCGGGAUUAUGAGAUCCGGGCCAACUGCCCCGCUGAUCUGGAGGGGCUGGUGGACGUAAGCGACCCCGUCGUGCUGUCCAAACUGCUCGUUUAUUUGUCUCUGCUCGGAUCCAAGAGCAGGGAAUGCGCCGGGAUUCUCUUCAGGACGUUGAGUCGAAUGGACGCCGGGAUGUGCGGCGCUCUACCGGAGCCGGAGACUGUGGAUCAACUGCGACUGCUCUUCACGAUGGGAUCGUUACACCCGGCGUUCAGUUUCUAUCAGCGGGAAGAGCUGCGAGCGCAGUUGGACAGGCUCCAAAGAUGGAGCCAGUUUUCCAGGCCGGGGUUCCUCUGUCCACACCGGGAGAAUGACGUAGACUGGACACUUUGCAGCAACGCCAAUCCACACCUCAGCGGCACGUCGCAGAGGGAAGUUGUGCACAUUGAGAAGAUCAUUCUGAAGGAGGUUUCUAUGGGAGGAGACGGCAGGCAGUACAGUUUUGAGGUGAAAUGGUCAGACUCUUCCUCUACUGCCGUCACCAAAAGUCAUCGUGAGUUGGAGGAUUUUCUAUUAAAGCUUCCUAAGGAUCAGAGCCCUGAUGGCUUUGAGAAGGGCAUCGUCAGGUUACUCAGUCGUGGAGAUCAAUGUGAAUCCAGAGAACUGGAGAGAAACCUCAGGGAGAAGUUCCUGUCUUUAUCACAGGAUGUCCUUCAGAGAUGUGACGUUUCCAGGUUCUUCAUGUCUGACGCGUCUGUACUGCCGUGCAGCCACUGUACCAGUGCGCCCGUAGCCAGAAUCCAUCAGCCUGAGCGCGGUUUCUCUGAGGACUGCUCAGAGACUUCCAGCCUGGAGGAGGAUGUGGAGGCUUACAACGUCAGAGCUGCGGGACUGAGUAAUCGGCGCUCUGAAUGUCAGAGGAGAGGAAACUGUGAGCAGAAUGGAGAAAGGGUUUGGAAGAAAGAAAAUGAAUUGGAACAGCAGAGCUGCACAAAUGAUAGAAGACUCUUCACAGCUGGACAAAAGAACAAAGGAAGAACAGUUGUAAAAAGGGAUAGAGGCAAACGAGUUACCGGUGUCAAGACUUCUAAUGGAAUCCAGAAACCUUCUGCCGCACUGAUGAUCAACCAGGCAGCUUGCAAAGACACGGGAAGGGACCGGUAUGGGGACACAUCUUCAGAGAGCUCAAACUCAGUGCCGUCUAGUCCUGUUCACCAGAAGAGCCUGGAGGACCAAGAUACGGAGAGUCAGUCUGAUAACUCAGCCCAGGAACCAGCUGAAAAGACUCACCUCGCCAAAGGCGUUGGCGGGAAAGCAGUUGCCAUGGUGAAUCCAUUAGUUCCAGAGCCGCAGAAUGUUCCGCAGCCUUCUUCAGUGGUGGAGCUGGCGCUGACCGCGUGCCUCCCUUUCCCUCUGCAGUACAACAGCACCACCCAGAGAGACGCGGGGCAGGGUAAGAUAACCAUCACCAUCCCGCUGACCCAAGACCCUGGAGCAUCCUCGGCCAGCGCUCACCCACAGCAGCAGCCGCCGCUGGGAGCGUUCAGCGUCCUCUCGCCCAGCCAGUGUCCUCUGCAGCCCGCCAACACCACCACAACCAACAAUCCUGUCAAAACAAAUGCCAAGGCCUCUGUUACUGCCAAUGUCGCUUCCAGUUCCUGCAGUAACCAAGUACCAGGACCUUGUCCCACAACUGUACCCACGCACACCCCGGGACCGGGGCCCCUGCCGGCCCCCGCGGUCACACACAGCACCGCUCAGAGCGAUUCCUUGUCCUACAUCAACAGCUCCAGCCUGCCAGUUACGCCACAGGCCAGUGGUACGCAGCAGCAGCAGCAGCCAGGGGGCUGUAAUGCCUGUGGCUGCCGUGGCACCUGCGGAGGAAACAGUGCCCACCAGACACCCAGCUACUUCCUGCCGCCCCAACCCCAACCAGCCCGUCAGAUGUUCGGGCCGCCGCCUGCGUUCUUCCACCUCCCUCCCUCUCUAUGCAACAGCUUCCCUGCCCAGGGUCACCAGAAUAACGGCACGCCGCUGCCCUUCUACACUCACACCGGUCCUCCAGCGGCGUUCCUGCACGCUCACUCCGAGCACAUGCUGGCUUCGCAGGCGGGAUACAAUCUGCCUCAGAUGCCCCCCUUCCGUCGCUUUUAUCCACCUGUCUUUCAGCCGGUUGGCAUGAUGUCUAGCGGAAACAGCAUGAAGAAGACCAACAACGUGUCCUGCUAUAACUGCGGCAUGAGCGGACAUUACGCUCAAGACUGCAAGCAACCGUCCAUCGACGCCGGCCUGACAGUCAAACAAGAUUGAGGGAUGAGAGGAAAGUGGUGAUAACGGUGGCUUCCGACUGAAGUACGUUGCCCCAAACUCCUCAGAAGCACUAGAUAAAACCGAUUGACAGCGAGCAGGGGACCAAAGCCCAGCGAGCCAGCGAUUCCACAGACCUUGAGAUACAGUUCUGUUCUGUUUGUGUAAGCAUCCUUGUCCGGAGAGCAAAAAAACAAAACACACAAAAAAAGAGCCAAUGCAAGGCAGGUUGCUUAAACUUAAUGGGUUCUCUUAGAAAUUAAAUUAUCUUAAUGUUAUAGUUAAAUAGGACGGAUUGCGAGAGGAUUUUUGUUUUAGGUUCAGACUAGUUUGUUGUCAGAAGGAUUUUAUACAAGCUGAUGUUCUCAUUCGCAGCGUCUGGCGAAGUUGAUGAGAAAAUUAAACUUGAGUCCUUUAGUGCAUUUUUGUUUUUCCGACACGGGUGGAUCUUUAUAGGAUUUUAUACGUUACGUGAGAAAACGACAAUAAAAGUCCCGAAAAAAAAAAAAGGAAUAUUUUGGAAGUUUGUUUUGUUAUUGAAGAUGCGCUUGUUCUCUUGCUGAUAGCAGUUUAUAAUGAUGCUCUAGCGACGUUAUACGCUGCCGGUUUGAACUGUUCUCAUUCUCAACGCGAUGCACUACAACUGUUGUUCUCCGUAAAAUGUGAGUCAGGUGUUUGACAUGCACUGAAAUCUUCAGAUCUGCAGUACUGCCUCUCAUUUACACGCUCCGACCGCUAGAGAGCAUCUCGGGGCCCCCACGGACUCCAGCGGCCUCUCGCGGGAGACUCUGUGCUUGAAGUGUUUUGAGUCAGACAAAAUCCUUCCUACUUGUUCAUCCUAAAGCACUGUUAGAGGAAAUGCAGUUUAGUUUCGACACAAGAUACUCUGUAACCGAGAGUUUUGUUAACAUAUGACAACUUUGAGCAUCAUAAUAUCUUGCUUGCGUGUUAAGUUUUUUUUUGCAAACUGUCAAAGAACCAGAGGGCGAACAUUUGUGCCUAUUGCCAUGCAAGCAGCUGGAAGUGUAUUGAAAAUCAUUUCAAAAGUCUUAAUUCUUUGUGUUAAAGGAGCACUUCAUUUUUUGGGAAAUAGGCUUAUUCUCCAACUCCCCCAGAGUUAAUAAGUUGCGUUUUUACCGUUUUUGAAUCCAUUCAGCCGAUCUCCGGGUCUAGCGCUAGCACUCUUAGCAUAACUUAGCAUAGAUCAUUAAAUCCGAUUAGUUUCGAUAGCUUUCCUAUUUAAUACUCGACUCUUCUUUAAAUAUUUCGUGGAGUACGCCGGAAUGAGAGUAUAGUUUCUAAUCGGCCUAGAAAGCGCAACGAGUCACGUUUUAAAUAGGAAAAAUAUCGAAAUUCUUCGGACAUUUUUGAACGCGAUGCUAAUCAGAUUCAAUUGUCUAUGCUAAGCUAUGCCAAAAGUGCUAUCGCCAGACUCGGAGAUCGACUGAAUAGAUUACAAAACAGUAAAGUUCAAUUUAUUAACUCUAAGAAAGUUGGAGAAUUAACCUUUUUUUCUUUUCUUUUUUUAAGUGGAGCGUUCCUUUAAAGUACAUAUUUAAAAUUUAAAGUUGUAUUACUGAAAUCUUAUUGCAAUUUUUGCCAAAGCAGCCCUCUUGUUUUCUUUUUUUUUUUUUAAAUAAAUAUAUAUAAGGAGAUUUGGCAUGUUUGUAUUGAUAAAAUAAAUUUUAUUUUGGUAUUUUCAAGAGAUUUUGAUGAAGGGCUCAAGGCCUUUCAUGCUUGUCCAGGUGUUUUUAGCACAUUUAUGGUUAGUAACAUGCGGUGGACUAGACGAGUUGUUUUCCACAACAGUGUGUUGCAGGUUUUUUUAAAUGUGCUUUCGUUCGGUUCAGUAAACUGUUACUAAUCUGUAAAUAGUCUCUAAAGGGAGUUAACUACUCAAGGUUGAAACCUGUUGACUGUAUUCGUCACUUUUUUAUAGAUUUAUGAAGCUGUACUGUAUGAACGAGGUUUACGUUUACUGUAUUUCAUAUGUAAAUGUUGAUUAAUCUGUACUGAGAGGUCAAAUUAAUCUGAUCACAUUUGCUUUUUUGGCAAAUUGGUCAUUUCUGUCAAGAUAUUAGCAAUAAAUAUAAAAACCCA